AUGUUGUCUCCAUCCACGCCAUUGGCAACACUUUUCGAAUCGCAGAAUCAAGCCGUUCGAAUGGCGGGCAAAGGGAAUAGCGCCGGCAGUGGACCGCCUUUAGGACCCAUCAGCCAAUCAGUCAUGCGUGGCUUGGAUUUAAAUUGGCUCGACAAUCGAAAAUCCCUGGUAGCGGUCGUCGCAUAUUGCACGCGGUGA